AUGGCUAGAUUAUUAGUAAAAUUAUCUCAAGAUAAAGGCACUUAUAACUAUAACGUUGUCUCAGUAAUUAUUUUAACCGAAGUUACAAAAUUAGUUAUAUCCCUUUUUUUGUUUUGUAAAGACCAUCCCUUUAAAAACAUUAUCGAUCAGACUAGAGAAAACUAUACAGUACUCUUUCUCUACAUGGUACCGGCACUUCUCUACUGCCUGUAUAAUAAUUUGGCAUUUGUGAACCUAUCAAUAUUCGACCCGACUACAUAUUUUAUUCUUCUUCAGCUACGGGUCAUACUUACUGGUAUUGUAUAUCAAUGUUUGUUUAAAAAGGAUCUCAGCAAAAUUCAAUGGCUAUCUUUAGUCCUUUUAACGAUUGGAUGCAUGAUAAAAGAGUUAAAAAUGGAGGGCAAUAUUCAACAACAGUCUUAUGGUUUUUUUAUCAGUAUAUUGUUGAUGUUGACUCAAAUACUUUGCUCGUGUUUAGCUGGUGUCUACAAUGAAUAUUUACUCAAAAAAGGCCAGGGUGUAAAUGUUAAUGUUUAUGUGCAAAACAUAUAUAUGUACACUGAUUCAAUACUUUGUAAUAUAUUACUGUGGAUAACAUUUAAACAUAAUGAAACAGAAAGUGAUACCUCUGUAACAAACAUUUUUAAAAACUAUAUGGCCAUGUAUAUUGUAAUGAAUAAUGCCAUGUAUGGUGUUGUCACUAGUUUACUACUACACAGUUUAAAUUCAAUCAUUAAGGUUUUUGCCACAGCAAUUGAACUAGUCCUUAUUGCAGUAUUAUCAUGGGUAAUUCUAGGAUACCCAAUCACUUUACAGACUGUGUCAGCUGUAUGUAUUGUUUCGUGUUCUGUGGUUAUUUAUGCCAAACAUCCUAUUACAAAAAGUUUACCACCAGAUACUAAUAGUAAUAAAAAUUUGAUAAAUAUUUAAAACUUAAUUAAA